UCCGGGCACUACCCGGGAAUCAUAGAGAGGUGAGGGGCGGUUUCCGGCCGCGGACUUCCGGAAGAUUCCCCAGGCGAAGGCCGCGCUGGAAUACAAUGGAAGAGGAACAGCUUCUCAUGUAUUACUUGCUUUUAUUUUGCGGAAAGUAGAAGGUUGUGUCUAAUGCCUGAUUUCUGAUAAUCAAGAAGAACAAGAAUUUGAAAUCAAGAUGAGAACCAACAAAGUUUACAAGCUUGUCAUACAUAAAAAAGGCUUCGGAAACAGCGAUGAUGAACUUAUGGUGAACCCCAAAGUAUUCCUUCAGAUCAAGUUGGGAGAUAUAGUGGAAAUAGCACACCCCAAUGAUGAAUACAGUCCACUCCUCCUGCAAGUGAAGUCGCUCAAGGAAGACUUACAGAAAGAAACCAUCAGUGUUGAUCAGACUGUUGCUCAGGUGUUUCGACUGAGGCCCUACCAGGAUGUUCACGUCAACGUUGUUGACCCCAAGGAUGUGACUCUGGAUUUAGUGGAGCUGACAUUCAAGGACCAGUACAUUGGACGCGGGGAUAUGUGGCGCCUGAAGAAAAGCUUGGUUGGCACGUGUGCUUACAUCACUCAGAAAGUUGAAUAUGCGGGUAUUCGGGCUCAGGCAGGUGAACUGUGGGUCAAAAGUGAGAAAGUCACCUGUGGCUACAUCAGCGAGGAUACUCGGGUGGUGUUCCGCUCGACUUCCGCCAUGGUUUACAUCUUCAUCCAGAUGAGCUGUGAAAUGUGGGACUUCGACAUCUAUGGAGACCUUUACUUCGAGAAGGCCGUGAACGGCUUCCUAGCUGACCUUUUCACCAAGUGGAAGGAGAAGAACUGUAGCCACGAAGUGACGGUGGUUCUCUUCUCUCGGACCUUCUACAGCGCCAAGUCAUUAAAUGAAUUUCCAGAGUUGCAUCGUUGCUCAGUGCAACAGGACCACGAAGGGCACUUCUAUGAAGACUUUUACAAGGUUGUGGUUCAGAAUGAACGGCGAGAGGAGUGGACUUCUCUGCUUGUGACUAUUAAGAAGCUCUUCAUCCAGUAUGCGGUUCUGGUGCGCCUGGAGAAGGCAGAGAAUUUCCCACCAGGAUACAACUCCACCUCUGCUCAGGGAAAUUAUUUGGAGGCCAUAAACCUCUCGUUCAAUGUGUUUGACAAACAUUAUAUCAACCGAAAUUUCGACCGGACAGGGCAGAUGUCUGUGGUCAUCACGCCAGGGGUGGGUGUCUUUGAAGUGGACCGGCUUCUCAUGAUCUUGACCAAGCAACGGAUGAUAGACAAUGGGAUCGGGGUAGAUCUGGUGUGCAUGGGGGAGCAGCCCCUCCACGCAGUGCCGCUCUUCAAGCUACACAAUCGCUGCAAUUCUGGGGAUCCUGGCUUGGGAGACGAUUACAAUAUACCCCACUGGAUCAACCACAGUUUCUACACUUCCAAAAGUCAACUUCAGUGCAACAGUUUCACCCCAAGAAUCAAACUGGCAGCUCGGAAGCCACAGAGUGAAAAAGCCAAAAGUGGCAGGGAAUCUUCCUUGGGAGCUCCUAAGGAGACCGAGAAUGCUCUUCCCAUUCAAGUGGACUACGACGCCUACGAUGCCCAGGUGUUCCACCUGCCCGGCCCCUCCAGAGCCCUGCGUUGCACCACCUUCAGGCCUCUACGGGAGAGAGAGAGCCGGCCCUGGAAGACCUCCAGCUCCUACGAUGCCUCCUCCAGCCCCUCCAUGCAGAGUCGGCCCCUGCCCCCCGAAGAGGUCCGGAGCCAGGCUUCAGAUGACAGCUCUCUGGGGAGAAUCUCGGACAUCCUCGUGAUCCCCCGGCCCCACCUGCACCUGCAGUACGAAGUCAGCAGCUCUUUGGGCUACACCAGCAGCCGAGAUCACCUUGAGAACAUGUUGGAGUCUCAGCAGCGAGACUCGAGCGCCCCUGGGAGAUUUCACGUGGGGAGUGCCGAGUCCCGGCUGCACAUCCGCUCUGCCGGGGGGGGAUACACACCACAGCGGGCGCUGAUCAACCCUUUCGCCCCUUCCCGGAUGCCCAUGAAACUCACGUCCAACAGGAGGCGCUGGAUGCACACGUUUCCCGUGGGUAAGGAACUCCUCUUUGAUCUUUAUUGGUACCCAGAGCCCAUUCUGACGCUGUCUGCUCCCCCCAUAGUGCCAGGCUUCUGUUGUACUGUUGGGGUGGACUGGAAGUCUCUCACCACUCCAGCCUGUCUUCCUCUGACCACGGAUUACUUCCCGGACCGCCAGAGCCUGCGGAACGACUACACCGAGGGCUGCUACGAUCUCCUUCCUGAAGCGGACCUGGAGAGGAGGGACGAGGAAGGCCUGCUGAUGACGGCCCAGCAGGUCUUUGAGGAAUUCAUCUGCCAGCGUCUCAUGCAGGGCUACCAACUCAUUGUGCAGAGCAAGCCCCAGAAGCCAGCAGCGGUCCAGCCUCCCCUUAGCAGCAGCCCCCUGUACAGCAGAGGUCUUGUGUCACGCAAUCGACCCGAGGAGGAUGACCAGUACUGGCUGAGCAUGGGCCGGACCUUCCAUAAAGUGACCCUGAAGGACAAAAUCAUCACGGUCACCCGGUAUCUGCCAAAGUACCCGUAUGAAUCUGCCCAGAUCAAUUACACUUACAGUCUGUGUCCUUCCCACUCAAACUCAGAGUUUGUCUCUUGCUGGGUGCAGUUCUCCCACGAGAGGUUAGAGGAAUAUAAGUGGAAUUAUCUGGAUCAGUACAUCUGUUCGGCUGGUUCGGAAGAUUUCAGCCUGAUUGAGUCGCUCAAAUUCUGGCGGACGCGUUUCCUGCUCUUGCCGGCCUGCAUCAGCACCACCAAGCGCAUCAUGGAAGGCGAAGGCCACUGUGAUAUCUAUGGCGGCAAGGCUCGCUCCGACGAAGAGGAGUGGCAGCUCUUGGACGGCUUCAUUCGCUUCGUGGAAGGGCUGAACCGCAUCCGCAGGCGGCACCGUUCGGACCGGAUCAUCCGGAAAGGGCCUGCAAUGAAGGGCCUGCAGAUCACCAGUCCCCUUCCUGCCCCCUCUCUGGAACCUCCAGGGCCACCUCCGCUGGCCAAGAAGGGGACCUCCGCGCUCUCGGCUCUCCUAGAGAUGGAGGCCAGCCAAAGGAUAUUAGGGGAACAACAAGCCGCAGCCCUUGCUGGGAAGACCUCUAUCCAGCCAGCGGAGACUAGCAGCAUCGCCAUGACCCCCACCUACAUGGACAGUCCACGGAAGGAUGGGACCUUCUUUAUGGAGUUUGUUCGAAGCCCCCGCGCAGCGCCUCUCUUCCACACACAGGUCAGUUUUGGCAGGUCGAGCGCUCUUUGUGGCAAUGCUACACAAUGUACUCGGAGCCCACAUUCCUCCCUGGGUAAGGCUGAGUCCGUCAGCCUUUCCAGGAAGACCAACAAGAAACACGACCAGAGGAACCACUUCUACUUUAUUGUAAAGCUACGUUCAUAGAAUCUUGCAAGCCUGAAAGAACAAAUCUCUCAAUAUCAGCCAGAAACUUUGGGCGGUCCCUUUCUCCACCCAUUGUGCAGCUG